AUGAGCCGCAGUUUGGAUGCUGCGCGGAGCUUCUUGGAGCAGUUGGAGGCACUGGGCGGCAGGGAUGGGGUGGUCUUCGCCGGCGAGUUCAGCGACAUCCGGGCCCGCUCAGCUGCCUGGAAGACGGAAAGCGUGCGCUCAACGGAGGCCGGCAGUCGACCCGAGAACGUGAGGAAGAACCGCUACAAGGAUGUGUUGCCUUACGAUCAGACACGAGUGAUCCUUUCGCUGCUUCAGGAAGAGGGACAUGGCGACUACAUCAAUGGCAACUUCAUCAGGGGCACAGACGGAAGCCAGGCCUACAUCGCCACGCAAGGACCCCUGCCUCACACCUUGCUGGACUUCUGGCGCCUCAUCUGGGAAUUUGGGGUCAAGGUCAUCCUGAUGGCCUGUCAGGAGACAGAGAAUGGACGGAAAAAGUGUGAGCGUUAUUGGGCUCUACAACAGGAACCACUGCAGAUUGGGCCUUUCUGCAUCACUCUGACAAGGGAGAUGUGGCUGAACCCAGACAUCACACUCAGGACCCUGCAGGUCACCUUCCAGAAGGAAUCCCGCUCAGUGUCCCAGCUGCAGUAUAUGUCCUGGCCAGACAGAGGGGUCCCCAGCAAUCCUGACCACGUGCUCGCUAUGGUUGAGGAAGCUCGGCACCUCCAGGGAUCUGGUCCCAACCCCCUCUGUAUCCACUGCAGUGCUGGCUGCGGGCGAACAGGUGUCCUGUGCACUGUGGAUUAUGUGAGACAGUUGCUUCUGACCCAGAUGAUCCCACCUAACUUCAGCCUCUUCAGUGUGGUCCUGGAGAUUCGGAAGCAGCGGCCUAUGGCCAUACAGACAGAGGAGCAGUACAGGUUCCUGUACCACACAGUGGCUCAGAUGUUUCUCUCAGCACUACAGAAUGCCAGCCGUCAUUACCAGAAUCUCAAGGAGAAUCGUGUCCCACUCUACGAUGACGCCCUCUCCCUCUGGACUUCCCAGACCCUGAAUGCCAUCGCCCGCCCAUCCAGCGGAGUCCUCAGGAGCAUCUCGGUGCCCGGGCCCCCGGCCCUCUCCAUGGCCGACACUUACGCGGUGGUGCAGAAGCGUGCGGCCCCCGUGGGCACCGGGGCAGGCGCGGGCGCGCGGGCGCGCGGCACGGACGACACGCCACUCUACAGCCAGGUGACGCCGCGCGCCUGGCGGAACCAGGCGCCAUCCGAGGACGCGCGCGGCGCGCAGCCGGGCCGCGUUCCUGUUGACGAAGGCCUGGCUGGGCCUGGCGCCUAUGAGGACGUGGCGGAUGGAGCUCAGAGUGGUGGGCUAGGCUUUAACCUGCGCAUUGGGAGGCCUAAAGGACCGCGAGAUCCGCCUGCUGAGUGGACCCGGGUGUGA